UGACGUCAUCAACGUUCGUCACCUCCUUGGACAGACAGCGGCACCGUCUUUCAGCAGCAGCGGAGAAAUAUCACCAGACGAUGCAUGUAUGUUACAGUUUUUUCCAGUUGUACUUAAUUUCAUGGUGCCUCAAGGACUGUAUGCAGAUCAUUAGGACAUCUUCGUAGAACCUGGUCAUGUCAUGGGUGAUUUGCUCAAAUUACAACAUUGAGAAUUUUGUGGAUGCUUGGAUAAAGUUUUACUCAUACAUGCAGUUUGGAAAAUGAUGCCCUCAGCACAUGGACAAAACAUAAUGGAAAAGCAGAAAUUGGCAAAUAAUGCGGCACCAUCAUUUGGUGGAGAAUCAAGUACUUUCAUCUGCACUGAGUGUGGUGAUGGGUUCAGUCAGUACUCCAGUCUGAUAACCCAUAUGGCCAUCCAUGGACCUUUGGAGUCAUUUGCCUUUGAUGGCUCAUCCAAUGGAUUUGAAGUCCCUCGAGAAUAUGUUCUACAAGAAAAUGGUACCCUGACAGUUGUGAAUGGCUUUGCACAGUCACAUGCUUCUAUGAAACCGGCAUCUCCUGGGAUUCUACCUUCACAUUUCCCAUCCCCAGUCAAACCAGUGUCUCCUCCUCUAAAGCCACAGCCUCCUCCUUAUAGAGAUGUGUUCAAGCCAAGGCAAUUAGACUUAAACUCAGAUAAAUGUCGCCAGGGCCAUUACCGUUGUGAAAUCUGCAGUAGAUCAUUUAACAGCCUUCAGAGUUUGCAUCGUCAUCAACAGUAUCGAAACACAGAGCGAGGUUACAAGUGCACAUUGUGCUGUAAGAUCUUUGAAGGUAGACAGGACCUUAAAAAACACCUCCAAGACCACACACGUGAGCGGUUUUAUUGUUGUGAUCACUGUGGUAAGCGGUUCAUUAAAGAGGAAGCAUUUAGUGCUCACAAGAAAGAAAGCCAUCCCAAGUCAGUGGGGAAGUCAGAGAAUAAUCAGGAAAGACAGUGUGAGAAAACAUACCCUUGUAGGAAGUGCAAGUUAAACUUUUUCUGGAUGUCAGAUUAUCAGACACAUUCACUGUACCAUUGCAAGGGAAAGGAGUCAGACAUUGCCUUUGAAACUGAAGUAGAAAUUGAAGUAAGCACCAAGGAUACAGAUGACAGACUAGUAGAAAAUUGUCAUACUAAUGGCACAUCAGUGGAAGUUAAGAAUUUGAAUAGUAAAGCCUUCAGAAAUACCAGCAGUGAGACUUGUAAUGAAUCCUCUUCCAGACCUUACAGAUGUGGUUUAUGUGGGGAUCGUUUCCAAAAUUUAGCUGCUCUGAAAGAGCACCAUCUAACACAUCAAACUCAGGAGGAAAUUGAUCAGCUGAAUGUAGAAUCAGAAGAACCAGAAAAGCCCAUAAAGCGAACAGUACCAAAUAAAGGUCGUAGGCGAAGCAGUAAUCCAAAUGGUAAACUGCAUCCUUGUAAGCAGUGUCAUCGUGUCUUUAAUCAUUCCAGCAGUUUAUCCCGUCAUAUGAGAUACCAUAAAGGUACCAUGCAUACAUGUGUAUUUUGCGGCAGACAUUUCCCUCAGCGCUGUGAUGUGAGAAGGCACUAUGUUAUGUACCAUAAAGCCGAACUGGACAAGAAACCAGGUUUGAAGCACUUGUAUGCGCCUCCAACCAAUGGCCCAGGCUCACAUUCUGUCAAUCGUAAGAAAAACAAAAGCAUAUCUGAUGAGAAAGAGGAAAAUUCCUCUGACAAUGAACAGUCUUCACCAGAAGACCAACAAAAGGAGAAACAGUCAGGAAAAGCAGGUCGCAUUAACUAUAAAUGCCAAGAAUGUGGGAAGAGAUUUGGUCUUUUGUGUGUCUACCAGAGGCACUUGCGCUACCACAAAAAGGAACCCAAUAAGUGCCCAAAGUGUCCAGCCGAGUUCAGAAACUUAUCUUCCCUAGAGCUCCACCUUCAGAAUCACCCAGAGGGAGAGGCAGAUGUCGGACAGGCUCAUGGAACUGGUGCAAGUCAAAACCUUGGCCUUGAAAAGGGUAACGCAGAGGACAUAGAGGAUGAUUAUACAGACAAUAUUCAAAAUGAUAAAGAAAAUUCAUCAGAGGUGCUCUAUGAGUGUACUGAGUGCACAGAGACUUUCUCACAUUUGGAAACAUUCCUUCAGCACCAGACUUCUCAUGGCUCUGAAAACAAUGGGUAACUAUACUUCCAGACCUGUUACUCAUUGUUAUUGGCAAUGAGCAAAUUGUCAGUGUUCAUUGUAUUGACUUUUCUGAAUGCGUCUGUUUGAAUGGCUGUAGAUUAUUAUUAUUGAUGUAAAGUUUGUCUGGUCAAUUUUGUGAAAGUAUUAUACAGUUUCUUUGGCGUUAACAGAGAAAAACAACAGGGGUCAGGAUGUAAAGCUGUUUACACACCAGUCGAGUGUGAAUCACAACUCAAAAAAAACAAAAAAAACCCGAUGACACAACAUAAGUCUGAAUUGUAUAAUAACUCUAGUAUUUUACUGGUGUCUAUGGUGGCUAUUCACUUGAGAUUCCUAUCAAACAGCAACUAUAAGUAGCUGUUUUUUUUUUUUAUCAUUUUGAACCUUCCCAUACUAUUACUGUACUAUUACUUGAUGCAUUUUUUUAUGUUUUGAAACAUCUGUCAAGAUUUUCUUUAAAAUGCUGCAUGUAUGUUAUAUAGCAUCUUUUUAAAGGUAUUUUGAGUUUUUAUAUUGUGCCAAUAAAUUUGUCUAUAGAAAUU